CACGGUGCUGUUCUUCUGGUGGUGAAAUAGAUUUAGAGCCAACAAGGAAAACAACACAAUGACUGCUAAGCGGGGUGUGGAAAUGGUUAAGCAGAUUGCCGAAUAUAUAUCCAAAGGAUCCAGCUUUGAUCGCGUUACGCAAAUGGUAAAAAUAACGAGUGGUGGUGAAGGACGCUGCGUGGGUGAAUUCACGGUGCAAGCUGAACAUUUAAAUCGCAUGGGCUCAUUACAUGGCGGUUUAACGGCCACAAUUUUAGAUAACAUAACAACCUAUGCCCUUAUGUCCAAAGGUUCACAUCCGGGUGUCAGCUCUAGCUUGAAUGUAAGCUAUUUGGCUGCAGCCAGGCCUGGAGAUGUCGUCGAGGUGGACGCCAAUACCGUACAUGCUGGACGCAAAAUGGCCUACAUCGAGUGUGUGUUGCGUAUUAAGGAAAAUGGCAAAGUCAUUGCCAAAGGCGGGCAAACCAAAUUUGUUGAUGUAGAUAACAAAUAUUAACUCUUUGGCAAUGCAAGUCAUUAAGUUCGAAUAAACAGGCAGAUACUCUUUGUGCUUCAA